AUGGCACGAUUCCAGACGAGCCGCGAUAUUUUACUACUACUAACACUUAUGUGUGUGUUAUUGGGAAGUGUUUCUUGCCACAAAGUUCUGAUUCUUCCGGGAAACUCCGUUGGAAGUCACUUUCUAUACUUUGCUAAACUCGGUGAGCAUUUGAAGAACAAAGGUCACGAUGUCACAAUGCUGUUAGGAGAAAACAACAACGACCUGAACAAAAUACCUCACAUUGUAGACAAUUUUCACUUUGAGAAAUAUACCACUGCCAUGGACAACAAACGUAUGACCAAGCUGGACAAGAUGCUCCCAAAAUUUCUAAAUGGACAGUUUAAUCCCAUGGAUGUUAUGUUCAUAAAUAAUGCGUUAGUAGAAGAUUGUGUGUUACUGCUCGAAAACCAGGAACUGUUUCAACGCUUAAAGAGAAAAGAGUUUGAUAUCAUACUUAUCGACAACUUUGCUGCAUGUACAAUCCUUAUGUCACAAAAACUAGAUCUACCGUUCCUGUUUUUAGCUCCUUAUGACGAAUUGAAACAGAAGUAUGACAUUAAACCGGAAAUGGAUAUGAUGACAUCAUCUGGAAGAAGCGAGAUAACAUUAUUUGCUGUAGACUGGGCAUUGGAGUUUCCAAGGCCAAUAAUGCCGAAUACGAUAUUUCUCGGUGGUUUAUUAGCUUCACCACAAUUCCCUCUCUCAAAUGAGUGGGUUGAGUUUAUGAAGUCUGCUAGACAUGGGGUUGUUAUAUUAUCUUUUGGUUCGACGGCGGAUCUUGCAUUCUGUCCCGAGAAAGCGGAACUGGUUUGCGCCGAGCUUGCCAGAUUACCACAGAAAGUAAUUAUGAAAUAUAAUGGACCUCCACCAAUAACUCUUGGUAAUAAUACCAAAUUGACAAAAUGGAUGCCACAAAAUGAUUUACUUGGGCACCCUAACACCAAAGCAUUUGUAACUCAUGGCGGCAUGAAUGGUGUAUAUGAAGCUAUAUAUCAUGCUGUUCCAAUUGUUGGAUUUCCUUUGUAUGGUGAUCAUUAUGAUACUUUCAACAGAGUAUCUAGUAAAGGCAUGGCAGUUAUUCUGAAUAUUGGUACGCUGACUCCAGAUGAACUCUACAAUGCUGUUAUCAAAGUUAUUAACACUCCCAGUUAUAAAGAGAAUGCAAAGAAGAUAUCAGCUAUACACAAAGACAAACCCAUGUCAGCAGGUGACACUGCUGUAUUCUGGAUUGAAUAUGUCAUCAAACAUGGCGGCCAACACCUCAGGGCUGAAGCUUUUAAUCUGAGUUUCAUCGAAUAUUUUUUGAUCGAUAUUGCAGUCUUUCUAAUUGUGGUAAUUGCUGUCGUCUUCUUUGUAUUAAAGAAAGUGAUAACUGUAAUUUGUAACAUAUAUUGCAACAAGAAGAUCAUCAAGAUGAAGGUCACUUAA